CAGGCCUGUCCUGUGUUUUGCAGCUUUUUGUUCAGUCGAUUUAUGCUAUACAAGCAUGGACGUUGUUUAAAGGUGCCUUUGUGAACCUACAAGACUAAUUGUGUUUACUGUCACUCAACUUGGUGCCUUACUGUCAGGGUUAAGUAAGGUCAGCGGCUUUACCCAGGCCAAUCAGCUGUUUAAAGGUUGAACUUCAGAAAAAAUUACACAAAAAAUGACAGAAAAGAUGGAGAAGGAAGCAAGUGGUUCCAAUGGAUCUGGGACUGGGAAUGAGAACGAAGAUAGCAACCUCAGCCCAGAGGAUCUGUCUGAGAUGAUGGCUGCUGGAACUAAGGAGGUUCAUGAAAAAGCAGAGAACACGCAGUUUGUGAAAGAUUUCCUCAGGGGACGAAUCCGCAAAGAGCUUUUCAAGCUUGGCGCUGUUGCACUUUACCACACAUACACGGCCAUGGAGGAGGAGAUCGAGAGGAAUAAGGACCACCCCCAGUUCGCCCCCCUGUAUUUCCCUGCAGAGCUGCACCGCCAUGAAGCCCUGGCCCGCGACCUGGAGUAUUUCUACGGUCCGGAUUGGAAGAGCAAGAUCAGCUGCUCUCAGGCCACCCAGCACUACGUGGACCGCAUCCACCAGGUGGGGCAGGAAGACCCGGUGCUGCUGGUGGCCCAUGCCUACACUCGCUAUAUGGGUGACCUGUCGGGGGGGCAGGUGCUGAGAAAAGUGGCACAGAGAGCUUUGAAGCUGCCACCCACAGGGGAAGGCCUGGAGUUCUACCAGUUUGAUGCGAUCCACAACGCCAAGGCGUUCAAACAGCUGUACCGAAGCCGCAUGAAUGAGCUGGAGCUGGACAUGGCGACGAAGAAGAAACUGGUGGCGGAAGCUGUUAGAGCUUUUCAUUUCAACAUGGAGGUGUUUGAGGAGUUAGAAGAAAUCGGCAAAACAAUUCAGGAGGAUGUUCAAGAUGCUGGCAUGGCUGUUCAUGGGGAGAUGGGAGGAGACAUCAGCAAAUGUCCCUACUAUGCUGCCAAGAUGGCAGCGUCGGGGGGAACAGCGUAUUUUGGUCAGCUGGUCAUGGCCGCUCUCAGACACCCGACGGGACAGGUCCUGUUCGCCACUUGGUUCGCCGCCCUGGCUGGACUGGCUGCAUGGUAUCUGAUGUGAUCCGGCUGUUCCCCGGCUGGUGUUAGAACAGAGGAGCGGUGAAACGAAGGAUAGUAAGGAGACUGGAAGACUUCCACUGACUGACCAUUUUAUAAAAACAUUCAAAUAAGGUGUGUGCGUUUUUAUGUUUCAGUUUUUUAGUUGUAGACUUUAAGCUGUGUGAUCUGCAGGAUGAUUUGGACAACAACUCCCUCCACAAAGCACACAUUUCACUUUCUUUUUUUUUUUCCAUAAAAAUGUAGAUAUUUUUUCUUAUAUCUCUACCUCCAACACACUAUCCUUCCAUUUGGUGCUUUUCAGUUCUGGUGCAUCUGAAGUUAUGUUAUAGCUGCUUUCUGACGGUAGUAGACCAGACGUUAUAAAUUAUACUGUAAGCAUGAUAACAAAAUACAAUAUUGUAGUAAGAAAAAUAGUCAAUCUGGAUGAUUCUUAAAAUUAGAUGUAUGCUUUAAAUCCUUCAAAACAAUAUGAAACAAAAAAGUACUUUUGUACAGCAAAUAUAGUCAAUUUACAGUGCUUCUUAAAAAUAUCCAUAUCCUUUUAAACUUUUUCAGUUUAUUUUUUGGUUGCAACCAGAAAAAUAACAUUUAUUAAGUUUUUGUGAUAGACAACACAAAAUGCCACAUAACUGGGAAGUGGAUGAAAUAGGAUACAUUGUUUAUGAAUUAAAUGUGGCCUGCAUUUUUGUCCAGUUCAUUAAUAAACAAAGAGGUACAAUGACUAAUCCCCCAUCCACUACCCCCACCAAAAAAAAAAAAAUCUGCAUCAAAAGCUACAUUAUGUUGAUCUAUCACAAAAAAGCUUAACAAAAUACAGUUAUAGCAUGACAAAUUGUAGAAAGGUGUAUGAUUGCCUUUUAAAGUCUCUCUAAAAGCAGAAAUUGCACUUAAUAUCUGGAUAUAUAGUGCUCAGGUUUAUUGUGGGGACAUAAAGCCAUUCAAAACCCCUAGCUAAGAAGAAUCCGUCAUAAACACAAAAUCAGUAGUAGUUGUUUCCACUUUUCUUUCCCCAGCUUUUUCCAAAGUAUUCAUUGUUGCUUCACGUUGUUUUUUCUCAUCUCCAGUCAGCUUAAAAAGCAAACUCUUAAGUGGACUGUUUCUUCCAUUUCCAGAUUAAAAAUCCCGAAUCCCCUUCAAUGUUUCUGCUAAUAUACUGUUGCUGUAUGUAUUUAUGUGUCACUGGAUUCUAUUAUAAGAAACGUGGGUGAGAAUAAACGGUUGAGAGCAAA